AUGGCGCAGCGCACGAUAAUUGACGUCGAACUUUUGACGGAGCAUCUGGGAUACGCACCGAUUUCACUCCUGGACAGCAUCAUCAACAAUGUCAACGCCGUAGCCGAUAAGACCCUCGAUCGCGUCGAGCAGGGUCUCUCGAAGGCGCCUCCGAAAGCACUCGGGUUCGAAAAAGCGCUGAAGCAGAGGAAACGCUCCGCAGACGAGGUGGUUGACGUCGAGGAGACGGCCAAGCUCGAGAUCGUCGACGGCGUCCACAAGCUCGAGACGCUGCUGUGCGCGGCGAUUGACAAGAACUUUGACAAGUUUGAGCUCUACGUCAUGAAGAAUAUCCUGAGCAUCCAGCAGGGCCAGCGCAACUGGAUGCGCCUGGCGCACUACGACGGCCUCGACUUCAACGCUACCCACGAGGACGCGCCGACGAGGGAGAGCGUCGAUGCGCUGAGAAGAAAGCUGCAGGCAAGCCAGCGGCUGAACGUGAUGCUGCACUCUGAGCAGGCGAAGAAUGCGGCGCUGCUGGCGAAGCUGAGAGGUGUCAUUGGAGGUAAGCCCGCCGGCUCCAGGGCUUCGCUCGUCGGAGAGGUCAAGGUCGAGGGGUCGGACGACAGGGCGCCGUUCCAGUUCCUUCAGGACAAGGGCGACUUGGCGGACGGGGAUUUCAAGGCGCCCAUCACAACUACGACGGCCUUCAACAUGUCUCAGCUCCAGGCGCUGCGCGCGUUGUCGACGUCGCUGCGCAAUAUCAUGCCCGAUCUCAAGGACCCGUCCACCACCGAAGACGGACCGGAGAAACACAAGAGCUGGAGACGAGAGAGAAUGGAGUAUGUCGAGGGUGCGACGCGGAAGCACUUGGAACAUGUGCGUGGUCUGGAGCUCGGCAAGGACAGCGAUGUGCGCGACGGCGAGUGGCAGGGCGAGGGUAGGAAGUUUGCCAUGGGCGAGGUCGAGGGGCUGGAGCAAGUGGUUGCUGCGCUCGGGGGAGGUUCUGAGGAACCUACCGAGCAAACUGAUCCCAACGCCAUGGAUGAGUCAUGA